AUGAUCUAUCUAUCUAUCUAUCUAUCUAUCUAUCUGUAUAUGUCUUUAUAUCUCUCUAUCACACUAUUUAUAUCUAUCUAUCUAUCUAUCUAUCUAUCUAUCUAUAUAAAAUUUUUUUUUUCUCUCUAUCUCAAUAGGUUUCUAUCUCUAUGUCUCUCUCUCUAUAUAUAUAUAUUUCUAUCUAUCUAUCUAUCUAUCUAUCUAAUAUUUUUCUAUCCGCCUUCAAAUCCUGGAUCCUCUGUUCCUGCAAACGGAUCACUUGGUCUCUGUCGCGUAAAAGCUGAGAGAGAUGCUCGGCCGACGGGGAGGAGGCCAUGGGGGUCCCCGGUCCUCCACCAGCUGAGACGCUGUCGGGUUGCCGCCAAUUUGGCGGACGACUGUGGCUUGGGAACAACGCGAAAGAAAGCCACUGACUCCAAGGGGGUUACAAUCUAUCUAUCUAUCUAUCUAUCUAUCUAUCUAUCUAUCUAUCUAUCUAUCUAUCUAUCUAUCUCAAUCAACAUGUAUCUCCAUAUGUUUCUAUCUCUAUAUCAGUUUCUUUCUAAGUCAGACAGUUUAUAUCUGUCUCUGGUUCAUAUCUAUCUAUAA